CCCCGCCCCCGGUUGCCAGGGCGCUCUGUGGCGUUGCAUUCUCAUUGGCUGGCGACGCGGUAAGGGGCGCAGCGGGAGGCCAUUUCCAACGAGCUGGCGGGGGCGAAAGAUGGCGACGCCCCUUGGGUGGUCGCAGGGGGCCUCCGGAUCUGUGUGUCUCGCCUUCGAUCAAUUGCGGGACGUGAUUGAAUCUCAGGAGGAGCUGAUCCACCAGCUGAGGAAUGUGAUGGUUCUCCAGGACGAAAAUUUUGUCAGUAAAGAAGAGUUCCAAGAAAUAGAGAAGAAACUGGUGGAAGAGAAAACUGCUCAUGCCAAAACCAAGGCCCUCCUGGCCAAGGAAGAGGAGAAAUUGCAGUUUGCCCUCGGAGAGGUGGAGGUACUGUCCAAACAACUGGAGAAGGAGAAGCUGGCCUUUGAAAAAGCGCUCUCCAGUGUCAAGAACAAAGUCCUGCAGGAGUCUAGCAAGAAGGACCAGCUCAUCACCAAGUGUAAUGGAAUCACAUGUCCGACUUCCAGAUCCAGAAGCAGCAGGAGAGCUACAUGGCCCAGGUGCUGGACCAGAAGCAUAAGAAAGCCUCGGGAACACGUCGGGCCCGGAGCCGCCAGUGUCCCAGGGAAAAAUAAAAUGCUGGUUGCCUAGCUGGUCUCUAAAUGCAAUGCCCAACUUCUACCUUCUCUAUUCUGGGGAGACCAGCUCUUCCCCUCCAUCCUGGGGACCCCCACCACACUGGGCAGAGGAAACACUGCCCAGUCUCCAGCCCCUGCUGCUGUACUACUCCUUUGGGAUAGGAUAGCGCCCAUGGUAACGGAGUGGGAACUGCUGCUUGCUUUUGGUGGUUAGUCUUUUCUAUACUCAGCCCGGGUUAGCCCAGUCACACCCUGCCUGAACUUCAGUGAAUGUGGUUCUCUGAGGUUGGCUGUAGGGUUAGGGAAGAAUGGAGUGUGUGAGUGUGUGCAUGCGUGUGUGUGCAUGCGUGUUGGUGUAUCCCUGACUACAGACUUUAAGACUGGAUUCCAGAACCACAGUAAAUCUGAGAAACCAGAAG